UCUCUUGUCCUAUAUAAACCCUCUAGCUUCAUGCAAAACUAUAUUGUAUUUUCAUUUAACUAUCACAUAUUUCUAUUGAACCCGUCUCUCUAGAUUUCUCACUCUUCCCCAACUUUGUAGAUCACACAUUCCUUUAAUGGAAAGGAAUUUGCAUAGACAACUUGCUAACAUGAAGAAGUCCCUUUUUGAUCAGGGAUAUCUAGAUGAACAAUUCAUUCAGUUGGAAGAGCUACAGGAUGCGGCAAAUCCAAAUUUCGUUGAAGAAGUUGUCACAAUGUACUACAGGGAUUCGGCUCGAUUAAUCCAAAACAUAGACCAUGCUUUGGAGAAGAACCCUCUUGAUUUUGCUAAGCUGGACAACUAUAUGCACCAGUUCAAGGGGAGUAGUUGCAGCAUCGGAGCCAAAAAGUUGAAAAAUGAGUGCACACAAUUCAAAGAGUACUGCGAAACAGGAAAUGGAGAAGGAUGCAAGAGAACUUUCCAACAAGUGAAGAAAGAAUAUGCUGCUCUUAAAAAGAAAUUAGAACAUUAUUUUCAGUUUGCAAGACAAGUCGGGCCUGUUGAGAAGGCAUGUCGCCCAAAGUAAGGAAUCUGCGCAAAGGCUGUUAUUCAGUGCAGCAUGCAAGAUGCAAUAAAAAUUGUGAUUAUGUUUCAUGCAAUAUAUAUUCAUGUAAAAUGCUCCAUUUUCAUCACAUAUAAUCCUACUCGAGUGCAAUGAAAGAAUAGAUUUUGGUA